UAAAUAUCAUAAACCCAACGGCAAUGAUGGUCCCACAUGCCGAGAAUUAAAAUAUCAUAUCGCCUUUUGGAUUGUUUCCUUAUUUAAAGUCUAAAACCUAUUCAACUCAAAUCAGAAGAGAACACAGAGAAAGACAGUGAGAAGACUCUCUAAACGAUCCCGAAGGUUUGGAUCAUGGAUGCUUUUGAUGCGAUUCCCGAUCCUGUGGUCAUCGACAUUCUGAACGAAGUCCGUGACGUCAAAACGCUGAUACGAUGUCGUUCCGUCUCGAAACGAUUCAACUCGCUGGCCACUGAGUCAGACUCGCUCCUUCUCCAACUCGAUCAGAUCGGAGAAUCCGACUCCGAGAAAGAUUCAGCGAUCACAAGCUUCUUCCGUUCACUGUUCAAAUCUGUCCACGGAUUCUUCCCAAUCUUCUCCAAACCCGCUAAAAUCCUGACUCCAGUUCAGAUUCUCGCCGGGUUUGACCAGAUCCGGAACCUGGAUGUGAAGUUCUACGGCGGAGAUUUCAAGCUGGAGAAAGGCGCUGCUGUUAAGUGGAAGGCGGAGUUCGGGGAGAGUCUCAAGAGCUGCGUCAUCGUCGCAUUCCGUUCAGCGACGGUCAACACUUCAGCAAUCGACGGCGACGCGGAGACCGAUUCAGAGUUCGUCUCUGGUUUAAAGACGCGCGUGGUGUGGACGAUCAGCGCGUUGAUGGCGGCUUCCACGCGCCACUACCAGAUGAGAGAUUUGGUGAAGGAGCACAAGGAGAUGGAGAGGUUGACCGUGCGUGACAGAGAUGGGGAAGGUACGGUGGUGAUGGACGCGGCGGGGAUGAAAGAAUACAGAGAAACGGAGGCGCGUGGGGAUGAGAAAGUGUCGCGGGAACGCACGGUGGUUCCUAACGUGAGGAUGAGUAUGAGAAACGCGCCGUCGCUGAAGCUGAAGAGCGGGAUUUGUUUAGAGGCAGCAACGCUCGUUGUCGUAAGGCCGAGUGGUGUGGCUUCUGAUGACGACGAUGCUGAGCUGGCGACGGGGGCGUUCGGUUUCGGUGAUUGUAUGUACGGAGAAGCCGUUGCGGCUUUGCUCAAGCGUAUGAGAAAUGUGUUAGAGAUGAAUUCUUUUUAGCCUAAUGGGCUUUCGUUUAUCCGGCCUUUUAAUGUAUAUUGUAACACACCGUACAAACCCAUCUGUACUUGCUGUGGCGUACGAUCGAAUUAUUACACUGAUAGAAUAUGAUUGUCACGUUAAA